AUGACAAACCAACAGUACUACACAGCGACAACAGGUCUUCUUAACCUCAUCAUGCAUUUGGAAAAUGGUGCAUCCACAGGAACUGGAAUAGUAAAUCUAGUCGAAUUUGCACACAAUUUUCAAGGCCCAAUAAUACCUUCCCCAAUCGUUAACUAUUGUCUAAACACACAGAAUAAUCUAUUUGGAAAUUAUCCAACUAAAGGUGAUCUUGCACCGUCAAUUACAUUCGCUACCUUAUUCGGUUUUAUUAUGCUUGUCCACUGUAUCGUGUUUGCCAUAGAUCAAUAUCGAGGUCAUUAUUUUUAUAUCUCUGUCAUUUGGAUUUUUUAUUCAGCAAUGAAGAUAUGUGGUUUUGCAUUACGAGCACAAUGGUCAAAAGACAUUACUAGAGUGUCAUUGGGAUUAGCGAGUGAAGUGUUCUUAAUCAUUCCGGCAGUAGUUAUUUUGCUGGCCAACUUGAUUCUUGCUCAAAGAUUGUUUACAUGGAGACAUCCAGUCGGUGGAUCCAGGAGAUUGUUCUGGGGCUUUAUGUUGGGUACUUAUGCUUUUGUGCUGAUUUUGAUUGCAGUGACUGUUCUUGCUUCUUUUGUUCCAUAUUUGUACUUUCUAAGCUGGGAUUCGUACAGAUCGUGGAUCAAAACGGUUCAGUUUACAUCGAUCUUGGUUAUUGCUUACUCCUUGACAUCCGUUGCUUUGAUUGGGUUGAGUUUCUGGCUACCAACCAAGAAGGAUGAGUUGCGGUAUACCUACCAGCCAUGGUGGAUUGAAAGCUUUGCGCCAUUCUACUUUCCAGAAAAGGGUGCAGCACAAAGAGCUGAAGCAUCAUUUAUGAAGAGGAAUUCAAACCACAGACAUGCGACGAGAGUGAUUGCAGCUACACACCACCACUUCCACAGCGUUAAGGGGUUGACCAACAAACGUGGAGAUCUCAAGCAUAAUAUUUCCAUGGGAUUACUUGUGAUUACUACGGUACUUAUCUUCAUUAGUGCCAUGGGUAGAGCCAUUGUAGUUUUCCAAGCAAGAGAAGCAAGGUAUUCCAGUCCCGCAGCAAACAAGUGGUUCAUGUACGUAUGCUGGGGUGUUUUUGAAGUGAUAAUCAAUAUACUAUACAUUGUAGGUAGAGUUGAUCUUCGAUUUUACCGUCCAGACAGGUUACCCAAACCUGUUAGAGAGAUUAUCACUGCCGAACAAACGUACUAUCCAUCAUCAGACGAAGAAGAAGACGGGUUCCAUAGAGAUAGGCCAGAAACAUACGACAAGAUCCGUGGUCGCGCUGAACAUGGUUAUAAGAAUUCAGUUUCUAGACAAGAGCCAGCCUAUCCCGGUCAUGACCCAGGAUAUACAUCUGAAGCAACGGAAGAGUAUGAAGAAGAUGAUGAUGAUACAGAUGCUGAUGAGGACGAUGAAGUGAAUUCUAAUGAAUGGGAUUUCACCGUUCCCAAGCAAGAAAAGAUGUCACUUAGUUCUGACGAAGUAAGUAAACACGUUGAGCCACCUUAUCCAACAUCCCCAGCGAAUAAAAAACAUAACAAGGAGGUAAGAAACGACAACGAAUCAGAGUUUAACUUUUAG